AUGGGCCUUAAGUCCGAUGUACGACGAGCUCUCGAAAGGAUGUCGCCGUUUGGGCCCUUCUUGGACUCUGAAGCUUUGACAGCGAAGUGCAAAUGGACCAAAUCUCGACCUUUGGAGCUGAAGAAUGUGAUGUUCGCCGUAAAGCUAGACGAUCAAAGGCACGAGUGUGUGGGCCUUGAUAUCAUUGAGCCCGUGGUGAUACUGCCUACUGAUGCGAAGGCCGAGGAGAUGAACGCUUCCAGUCGCCUUUGGCCUCUGAGCGCUCGCGGUUAUUCUCGCCUCUCCGAUGGCAACGAGCUUGUCUACAUUCGUGGCAACUUUACUGUCACACACGAGGAACAGCUCACUACAGAAUGCCUCGACUUCAUUGUUGGGCAGCUGUGCAAGCGUUUGAAGCGAGAAAGGGCGGCUAUUCUGAGUGUACUCUUCCCAAACGGACCUAAGGCCAACUACGAGGAAGUUCCGCUUGUGAUCACCAUACAGGGGCGAAAACAGUUACCGCUCGUACCUCUAUUGUCUCGUGAUGAAGUGAAGGUUACCUUCGCGCUCGAUCUUACCACUGUCGAUAGGGACCGUCAUUUCUCCAUCUCAAGUCUUCAUGCGCAUACCGCUAAGCUCUCUGAGAUCUACUUGAGACGAUACCAGGUCUACUUGACCAUGACAAGUAUCGUCGCCCUUUAUCCGAACACCCCGGUUUGGCUCAGAACCCCAAAGUGGUUCAUUUCCCGUUACCUUGAGCUCUAUCGCGGCAAUCAAGGAUCACGGUGGGGACGACUACUCGGGGUCCUGGACAGCGGUAAUCGCUCGCCCGAGGCGCCUGAACCUGGGGAGUUCAUCGUAGGAACGCCUACCAAACUCCCGCGUCAGCUGCGGACUCUGGGCGAGAAAGAGGUCUCUUGGGCUUUCGGCUCUCACGUUGAAUGGAUUAUCUUGCAAUUCCACUGUCUUCGUCGACAUGUUGUCGACAUCCCGAGCUGGCUGGAGUUCGCGGAUAGUACGUUCCGCGCACGUCGCACGGAUACAAACGUGGCACGACGAGAUGGGUACGAUCGACUCCCCAGCGCGACAGAAAGCUACAAAGUAGAUGUCAGGCGUCUGGUGCGAUGUCGUAGCAGGGUGUACCCAACUCCCGAUGAGCCUGCAGAGGACGAGUCAAUGGACGAAAGUAACUGGAGGGAUAUCCCUUCAAGCUCUUCCGACUCAUCUUCCAGCUCUUCCGAAUCAGACUCUGAGGCAGACGGACCUCAUGGGCCUCAGGGAGAUAUCUUUCGAGCUGAUUUCAAUGAAGAUUAUGCCUCGCAAGACGAGUUCGGCCAACCCGCUCCUCAGGCAUUCAACGAUCCUGCCGACAGGCGCGAGCCAUCAAGAUCCACCCCCAGUCCGACUCGUCAGAUCGCACGAGUCCCAUAUCCAAGUGUCCCUUUUCAGGAUGUGGACAUGCUGACCCGUCGAAUGAUCCUGACACCGUAUCUGGACGCCUGUCUACAAUGGCACUGCCCUGGCUGCGGCGAGUGCUUCGAUGCCUUAGAUCUUACCGACGCUCAACGAGGACUCUACUCUCCAAACAUCUACUACCGGGCGCACGGUCGAUCUGUCGUUAGAAACGAAAAGCGAACCGAGGCUUUGCGACGUUUCUGGAAGAAUCACGGAAGUCGGCACCUCAACGAACGCGGCGUAAGAUUGGAUGUGACGCACCCUUCGAACCGGUCUCAAUAUGAUACUGUCCGCCGACUAUCACGGCAACCCACGCCAGAAGAUGAGGACGUGCACCCACCUGCCGUGCAUGAACAUGACGAUGAUUUAGAUAUGGAAGAUGCUGAGACCGUGGAUACGUUUCCGGGAGAAGUCGACGAUGCUCUCUCAUCGAAUACGCAACGCUCUCUCACAUUGACAUCUGAUGAGGUCCGGGGAUCGCCUGAACACAAUUACAACGAAGAGCCCCGCGCGCCAUCGCCACGCGAGACCGCAUUAAACGAGGGUGGAAGCACACCUGCAGAAGAGUUGGGUUAUGUCUGGAGGUGCCCCUGCGUGCCAUGCGGUAAUACUUUCCGGCGGGAAGCACUCCUUAUCGCGCACAUAACUCUGUAUCACGAAAAUGAGAACCCCGUUAAAUGCACAAUCCCUGGCUGUACGAAAUAUCUUUUGUCGGCGAGGGAGUUACCCAAGCAUUCGAGACUAAAGCACCUAACUGCCGAGGAGAGACUGGAAAGGUACAAGAACAGAAAUCCGACAAGCGGGCCGAAUCCGUCAAGCCAGGGAGUGGGUCCGAAUCGUGCUGUGUUACCCACGGGCUCGCGGGUCUUCGCGUGCCCAGUUAGGGACUGUCGGAAAGAGUACAACCAAUACUGGCAACGCGAUAAACAUGUCUGGACGGAGCACCCACCCAUGGACACGCACGAGUGUAUGGAGUUUCUUCCAGGAAGCAUGAGCCAGAGGUGUCGAGCGAUGUUUCUAUCGAACGCAGCGUACAAGGAGCACUUGCGCCAGGAGCAUAACGGCGUCGAGUCUGGCUAG